AUGAUUUCACCAGAAAGGGCACAUUUAAUUGCAUAUUCAGUAACAAAAUCAAGCUGUUUAAGUUUACCAGAGAAGAAACGUCAGCGAUCAAAUUCAUGUAAACAUGCUCAAUUGAUGGAUAAACGAUUAAAAAGUUCUUCAUCGCAUGAAGAUAUAGAAAUAACAAUACCAAAUGCAGCAACAAGAACGACAUCAUUUAAUAAUUUAAAUUCACAUAAAAAUGAUUGUUCUUCAUUUAUUAAUGCAAAUUAA